CCAGGACACGUGACUUGGUUGUGUGUAAACAGCCGUUAGGAGUCGAGAAGCUCGAGCUGUCAGACGCACGCAGACGCAGCGACGGCUGACCGGGCUGCUCAGACCUCCCUGGGGAUGCAGCCGGACUCCUGCACGCCUCCUGCGGUGCUCCUCUUCUGUGAGGGCGGAGUCUGUCAUGACGACGCCCAGGACUUCGCCGAACUGCUGCCCACAGAAAUGAGCGUUCGGAUCUUCGGCGAGCUGGACACGGCGAGCCUGUGCAGCGCCUCACGGACCUGCAGGAGAUGGAACCACAUCAUAGAGGGCAGCGAGCAGCUGUGGAGGAACCAGUGUCUCCUGGUUCGAGCCCUCUGUCAGAGGGAGGUGGACGGAGACCGCCAGGAGGGAUUGUCAUGGAAGGUGGUUCUGGUGAGAAACUACACCCGCAGCCGCGUGAAGAGCGCCUGGCUGAAAGGGCGCUUCAGCUGCGUGCGCUCAGCCGACGAGCUGCUGGGAUGCAUCAUGACGCCGCUGGACGUAGAGUCGUGGGGAGAGAUCCUGCAGGCCGAGCUGGACCGCUGACCCUGCGUCGCGUGCACACUCACUUCUGAACCUGAAUCCACACACACAAACUAACAGCAGGGGGUCAGACUGACUCCUCCAGCUGCAACAUCUCAGAUCUAAAUAGUCUGAAGAUUUUUUUAAAGUUUUUAUAUUUAAGCUGUAAAUAUGUGUACAGAUGUAUUUAGUUGUGAAUCGAGAGUGUUGAGAGAAAAAGUUGAGAAAAUAAAUUUUAUGUAAUUUGUACAUUAAUCACCUGUUUACGCAACAACGUUUCAAGAGGAAACACAUCUCUUUUGUGUUUUUAUUUCAGAAACUUUUUGCCUUUAGAUGUAUUUUAAAAAUUAUGCCCGUUUGCACAGAAAUGACAGAAAGCUGAAAAGCGUUUUCCUGUGUGGCUGCUAGUUGAUGCUGUGAUUAUGUGAUCAACUCACCUGUGUUCAUCCUCUUAGUCCACUCUGUAUUGGUUGUUAAUGAGUAUGAAAAUGUUUCUCUGCAGGUGAUCCACAUGAUGCUGUUGCAAAUAUGCACUUGUGAAGAGCAAGCAUUGUAUUUAUGAUUAUGAAUGAAUCCUUCUCAUGCAUGUGCAGUGCUUCAGAUUCAAUAGAGACAGAGUCACAGAAUUUCCAAAGUUCCAAUUUGCAAGCCAACAACAACAACAACAACAACAACAACAACAACAACAACAACAACAACAACAACAACAACAACAACAACAACAACAACAACAACAACAACAACAACAACAACAACAACAACAACAACAACAACAACAACAACAACAACAACAACAACAACAACAACAACAACAACAACAACAACAACAACAACAACAACAACAUUCCCAGUGACUCCAAGCACCCAGUGUUUUGAAAUUACAGCCCUAAAAAGCAAAGGAAGUUUUCCAUUUUCACUUGAAAGAGUUGUUGUGUAAACAGGACCUGGAUUACAAAGAACAUUUGGUUUUUUAAUUGUUGAAAUAUUUACUUUAUCUUUUAAUCACAUGUAAAAGUUUUCCAAUAAAAACUUUUGUAACAGUUGUUUUUUUAAAAAAAAUAAAUCCAGAUGUACUCCUUGA